UCAUACACCAACUCAAGACCAACUGCCAUCCUAUAGCAUUCAUUCAGGGUGGGACCUGAGGACAUCACUUGGCGGGUUGCUCUCGGGAGCACCAUCUACCAUCCUGAAGUUUCUCAAAUGUGAUCGUCUAAAUUCUGCAUGGCUAAUUAAGUAGCAACCCCACCGAGACAUGCCGCUAUCUAAUAUCCAAGCGCUUCUUGGAUUUCCUCUUUCUUGAAGACAUUUGUUUGGGUUUGGCCCUUUCAUCAAGUUGCAAAACCCGUCAGAUUACUUGUUACUCUCGCUCUCUCUCUGAUGAAAGGCGAUGUGAGCAAUGAAAUGAAGAAGCAAGAGAAUCAUAGAAACCACAUUAGUAGAGAUGCCACACUGGGGGGUGAUCUUUGGACUGAUGGACUUAUUUGUGCUUUUGAAUUUGUUCAAGGCCAUGGGAAGAUCCAGCUAGGACAAGAUGCUAUUAGAGAGGUGCCAUCAAAUGAACUAAAUAGUCGUGUACCCCUAAAGGAGGAGAAAUUUUGUAAAUCUUCACCCCAAUUAAAAUAUGGAACUGGUGAUACCGAUAUGCAUGAUGAUCAUAGUUAUAGCCAGGACAAUCUCUCAAGCCAUUUCCAUAAGAAGAAAGAUUUUCCAAGAAGUUACUGGAUGCCAAUAGGCUGGGCUAGAAUUACUGAACUUAUCCAGAAAGUGCAAGUUUAUGCUGGCUGGGCCUCACAGUUGGUCGACUUCACAGAUAAUGAAGAUGAUGUUCCUGUUGCAGAAGUGGCAACUCCUUACUGGGAACAUGCGGUUGGGCCCACUUGGUGGUGUCAUGUAGCAGCAGGUCAUCCAAACAUCAAUGACUGGCUGAAUAAUGCUCAGUGGUUGCAUCCUGCUAUCUGUAUUGCUUUGCGAGAUGAAAGUAGGCUGAUAAGUGAGCGAAUGAAGUACCUUCUCUAUGAGGUUCCUGUUAGAGUUGCUGGGGGGCUAUUAUUUGAGCUCCUUGGCCAAUCAGCUGGGGAUCCAUUUGUUGAGGAAGAUGACACUCCCAUUGUUCUUCGAUCAUGGUUGGCACAGAACUUUCUAGUAACAGCAUUGCAUGUCAAAGGGUCAGCAUCUAAUAUUAAUGUGCUAGGUAUUGCAGAAGUCCAGGAACUGCUUGCUGUUGGAGGUACAAAUAUACCAAGAACUGCUCAUGAAAUCACAGCACAUCUUGCUUGCCGCCUUGCCCGAUGGGAUGAUAGGUUAUUUCGCAAAUAUAUAUUUGGAGCUGCAGAUGAAGUUGAGUUGAAGUUUAUGGACAGGAGAAACCAUGAAGAUUUGCAUCUAUUUAGUGUAAUUCUGAAUCAGGAGAUCAGAAGGUUAUCAACCCAGGUUAUCAGAGUGAAAUGGUCACUCCAUGCAAGAGAGGAAAUUGUGUUUGAGCUACUUCAACAUUUGAGUGGGACUACGACAAGGGACUUGCUAGAAGGAAUAAGAAAGAGUACGAGGGAAAUGAUUGAAGAGCAAGAAGCAGUUCGUGGUCGAUUAUUCACAAUUCAAGAUGUCAUGCAGAGCACAGUUCGUGCAUGGUUGCAGGACAGAAGCCUCACAGUUACACAUAACUUAGGAGUUUUUGGCGGAUGUGGGCUUGUUCUUUCCAUCAUCACUGGACUUUUUGGGAUCAAUUUGGAUGGUAUGCCUGGAGCUGAAGAGUCACCAUAUGCAUUUCUUAUGUUUUCUGCCAUCCUCGUCUUGCUUGGAAUCAUGUUAAUUGCAGUUGGGUUGAUCUACCUUGGGUUAAGAAAACCCAUUAUUGAAGAGGAUGUUCAAGUAAGAAAAUUAGAGCUCCAAGAGCUGGUUAGGAUGUUUCAGCAUGAAGCAGAAUCCCAUGCACAAGUUCGAAAAACUAUUCCUCAAACCAGUAUGCCUCCAGCUCCUGCAGGUAGACUCCCUGGUGGUGCAGGUUAUGUUCUCAUCAGCUAAACAAGGAAUGUGACUAAACUGCAGCACCUUAUAGCUAUAAGAUUUUUGGACGGCCAGACCGGUGAUGGAUAACUUGCAAAACAGAGAAAAUAGUCACUCAGAAGUCUGUUGAUCCUUGGGAAGAUGGUAGACACUCUAAUGCUUAAGUAAGUAAAGGCUCUUAGAGAAAAUUGAAUAGAGGACGUGGGAGAGGAGAGAAUGAACAUAAUCACUACUUGGGGCUGUAUCCCUUUUAAUGGGAGAGACUCUUUGUCCAAUAUCGUAGUCUUGACGAGGUGUGAUUUUCCUUAUAGAGUGAUUUAUCAUGUGUAUUGUAAUAAUGGCCACAUAGGUGUAUAGUGUCUAUGUGGAGAAAAUUCUAAGAUUUUUUGUUUUUGGUAGCCUGAUUAUUAUCUUCAUGCAGAGGUUGCCUGAGUGGAGUUCACCUAUA